AUGUUCAAGUUCUUAAGCCAAGGUCUGGCAAGGGAUGAUCCGCGCGGCCGAGACUCCGCGCAGAGCAACCGGCAGCUGACAACCGCAUUCCAAACAAACAUCUCCACAACACUUUCAUACCAAUCGGCCAUUGUUAUUGGCAUAACUGGAAUGACGGGGAAACUGGCAUCGUGCUUUUCUGAUACAGAACGAGGUCGCGAGAUCGAGGAUGCGUAG